GGGGGGAGGGGGGGCGUGGCUUCCAGUAACUUCGGCAGCUCGAGCGAGUCUGAGGGCACCGGCGGCGGCGGCGGGUGGUCGAUCGGUCCGUCCGUGUGCGUGGGCACCGAGCCGGCGACAUGUUCAGAAACGGCGUGGCCUCUCAUGACGGCGCCUCGCCCGAGAAGAGGAAGCGGAUGGUGAGGGUCUGGUGCGAUGGCUGCUAUGACAUGGUGCAUUAUGGACACUCCAACCAACUGAGGCAAGCCCGUUCUAUGGGUGAUUAUCUUAUUGUAGGAGUACACACAGAUGAGGAAGUGUCCAAGCACAAAGGUCCACCUGUAUUUACACAAGAGGAACGUUACAAGAUGGUCCGUGCAAUCAAGUGGGUUGAUGAGGUCAUCGAGGGAGCACCAUAUGUAACAACACUUGAAACUCUGGAUAAAUACAACUGUGAUUUCUGUGUCCAUGGAGAUGAUAUUACUUUGACUGCUGAUGGAAAGGAUACAUAUGAAGAAGUAAAGAAGGCAGGCAGAUACAGAGAAUGUAAACGUACACAAGGUGUUUCUACUACUGAUCUGGUUGGUCGAAUGCUCCUCCUGACUAAAGCUCAUCAUAGCAACAUUGAAAAAAAUUCAGACUACCAGGAGCACACUGACAACUUUGGCAAGGGUCCAAAAGGUCACAGCCCAUGGACUGGAGUAUCCCAGUUUUUACAGACAUCUCAAAAAAUCAUUCAGUUUGCCUCUGGAAAAGAACCUCAGCCAAAUGAUACCAUAAUCUACGUGGCAGGAGCAUUUGAUUUGUUCCAUAUUGGUCACGUAGAUUUUCUGGAAAGUGUCUACAAGUUAGCAGAUAGGCCUUAUGUUAUUGUUGGUCUACAUUUUGAUCAGGAAGUCAACCGAUACAAAGGCAAGAAUUACCCAAUUAUGAAUGUGCAUGAAAGAACUCUCAGUGUACUGGCCUGCAGAUAUGUGUCCGAAGUAGUGAUCGGAGCUCCUUAUUCUGUGACUGCGGAUUUGCUGGAUCACUUCAAGGUUGACUUGGUCUGUCAUGGAAAGACAGAAGUAAUGGCUGAUAAGGAUAAUUCAGAUCCGUAUGCUGAACCUAAGCGACGCAACAUCUUCAAAACCAUCCAUAGUGGUAAUGAUCUCACUACAGACCACAUUGUUCAAAGAAUAAUUAAGAACAGGUUACAAUUUGAGGCAAGAAACCAAAAGAAAGAAGCUAAAGAGCUGGCUGCAAUAGAGGCAAUCAAGAGAGCUGACGAACAAAUUAAAGGAAUCCCAGAUCAGAAGAACUGUUAAUAAUGUGAUCCUGAAACAUGCAAUUAGGAUGGGCAUUUACAUCAGUACACUAAAUUUAAUGAAUAAUCUUACUUCAGCACUGUUCUUUUUGUUUACCAGAUUUUAGUACUUUAGAUUUGCAGUGAGUUUGCUUGGCAAAAUUUUUAAUAAUAGUUUUAAUUUAAAAUUAUGGGAUGCACCAAAGGAAUGGUCUGAACAUUUGGGUGUACUAAACCAGCUGCUUGUAAAUAUCCAGAUGGUUAGUGAAUGUGUUUACAAGUCCAGUGCAGUAAAAACUUUAAGUAUAUAAUUUAAAAUUACAUAUUCUAUUUUCAGUUAAUUGACCUGUGAAAGAUAUUGUAGACUUCUCAAAAAUCUAUCACACUUAUGGUAAUUUGAUUUUAUUUAUGUAUCAUGCUGCUCUUCUAUUUAUAAGGGUAUUUUAAGGUGCAAUUAAAAUUAAAACAAUUUUAAUGUUUACUAACAAAACAAUGGUAUCAAAUGAAUUUGCAGAUAUUAAGCCAUGGUAUAUUUUUAAUUUCCUCUGUUCAUAGUGCAGGAAGCAAUUUUAAUCUCAAAUUUGCAUAAUAAAGAUCUUAAACUUUAAUGGGUAUCUCACCACUGCCUCCCAUCCCCAAUAAAAAAAACAAUCUUCAGUGGUUUAAAGAAUAACUUGGCACUAAUGGAAAUUUAUAUUUCAUUCUGUUUUCUUAGCAUAUUUGGUUGUGCCAAUUAUUCCUAGGCCCAAUGCAUUUUGGUAACUUAUUUCAAGGGACCAUAUUAGUAUUUCAAUAGAAUCUGUAAUACAUACUGUCCUAUAAAUUAUAGUUGGUAAAUAAAUUGGUAAUAUUCUAACUCUCUUUUAAUAUGGGUUUAAAAAGAUAAAAGUUCAAAAUUCAUGCAUUUUUCUUUAGGUCUGGUUUGUAUUACAGCACUUAACAACGUAAAUAGCUCAGAUAAAUCUCUUGCUUUAAAUAUCUAUCUACCUAGAAAUUAUGGAAUACCAUUUAAAAUUAUUUUCCUGUAAAUCUUACACUUACCCCUCAUUGUCCACAUCUCUUUUCAAUCAUUAGUGAAGAUUAGUAACAUUUGAGAGCUAGUGGCCUUUGAAACUGAACCAGUAACGUAAUGUCAGGAUAUUUUAUUGAUUUAUGUCAUUAGGUGCUCAGCAAAGGCAGAACUAAUUAAUAUUUGUUGAUUUUUCUUUAUGUUCCAUACUUAGAGGAAGUAAUUUUUUUGAUAUAUUAUGUCUGUAAAUUUGCUUUACUGUUAUAGUUUGCUUUUUAAUGUGUUCAUUUUGCUUCUGGGUUCAUUUAAAUAUUCCGUUUUAUGUUUGUCCUAAAAGUUACAGUUUUAAUUAAUGUAUGUCCUGACAAACCUGUGUCCAUAAAACUUUUAAAUUGAAUGUCAACUUCACAUAAGUGAAUUAAGAGAAGUGUCUUGUCUAACAGUAAAUAUUGAUGUAAGUCAAAAAAUAAACCAAUACUCGUUUUAUUUGGUAUGGUUUUGAAUUAGCAAAGUUCUGACUUCAAAAAUCAUUGUAAGUAUCUAAUGUGAAUAUGCUUUCUUAUGCCCCUUUCAUUAACAUUUGUUUUUUAAGCAUUUUUUGCAUGGAAAUUUUACAUGAUUUUCCUUUUAAUAAGUUAUUAUCACUUUAUUGAGAUCUAUGUUACUGUUACUCCCUGAAUCAUGGUAAUUAAAAGAUCAUGAGGCAGGGAAAAGGAAAGUUGAUGAGUUUAAAUAGAGAGUUGUGUUAGCUCUGAACAGGUAAUUACACAAAAGAUGACACUCAUUUCUGUGAUUUAACUUCAAACUCUGUCUUAUUAAUAGUGCACCUUUUAUAAGUAUCAUGAUCAAAAGCUAUGUUCCUACUCCCAUGAUGAUUAUCUUUUGCCAGUGGAUCAGCCAGCUCAGGAAAAUAUAUUUGCAUAGAACUCUGAA